CUCUUUUAUUGAAGAUUUUAAAAGCUAAUAAAACCCGUUUUGUUGAUUUGAAUUUAAGCAAUAACGGUGAAAAACUUACUAAAAAAGGAAAAAUAUUGAUAGAAGUUUUAGGAAAAAACACAACUCUUAUAAGCUUAAACUUAAGAGACAAUCCUAUUGAUUGGUCCAAUAUAAGCUUCAUUCAUUUAAAAAGUAACAAAACUCUUGAGAAUUUAGAUUUGAGCAAUUGUAAUCUUUCUUCUAAAGUAAUAGACAAAUUGAAGAAAUUCUUAAUAAUUUCAAAGAGGUUUAAAGGAUUAAAUCUAAGUUCAAAUAAUCUUACUUUCCAAUCAGAACACAUAAUUUCAGAAAUCUUGGCAAAAAAUAAAACUAUUAAAACUUUAAAUUUGAGUUCAAAUAAGAUUAGUUCGACAAUAGAGUCUUUAGAAAAAAGAGCAAAAACAACUUUAACAGGCAGAUACAAGUCAAAGUCCAAGUAUGAAAUGUCCCGUCCUCUAAAAGUAAAUAAUUUGUUGGAAGCAAUAAGAAGAAAUAAAACUCUUAAGAAGUUGGAUUUAAGUUCUAAUUAUAUCUGUCUCGAAGCUAGAAAAGACUUAGCGAGAGCUUUAACAAGCAAUAAAUUAAUUACUGAAUUGAACUUAAAUAAUAAUGAUAUUGUUCAUGAAUUAAGAGAGCUUUUAAUAAAUAUUUUAAUAAACAAUGAUAUCACUAGUAUAGGUUUAAGAUCAAUAAAAAUCAGUUUUGGAAUGGUAAUAAACUUAUCACAAGAAUUAAAGUCAAAUAAAAUUAAACUCCGAUAUUUAAAUUUGAGCCGUAAUGAAAUUAGUGAUAAUAUGAUAGAAGCUUUAAUAGAAGUUUUAGAAGAAAAUACGACACUCAAAAAUUUGGAUCUGAGCAACAUUAUAGGAGCAGGACAAACAGGAGUCUAA